UUGAUUUUUUUAAUGCAAUUGAAUAAUAUGGAAAGUACAGCUCUCCGAGCAAGGCGGAAAUGGUUUCAUGGGAAAGAUGAGCUUCUUUAUAUAACUGCUUAUGUAACAAUUCUAGGGUGUCGUGUUGCGCUGUUUCAGGACCUUUCACUAACUUAACUGUCUGACUGAAUGUCAUUUGAGUUAAAGCCGCGGAGUUUCAAAAGUAAACGUGUGAGGAAAGUCACCAAAAGUGCCAUCGUCUUCCAUUUUACUUAUACGUGUUAUUGGGAACACGGUUUUGAUGCCAAAGGUGGAUGGCGUUCUUUGAAUCGAUGUGAAGUAAAAUGGUAAUGUAAUUUCGCAGGCGUAGUUGUGGGGGCUUUAUUUAUCUAUUUAUUUCAUUUUGAUAUAAUACAGAUUGAUCUUUGCCCGAGGUUCAGAUUUCACUCUGGGUGCGACACAGACUGGUUACACCCAACUGUUUAAAAUAUGUUUUAUAUGCAAAGGCACGUUGAUCGACUUGCCCCACGCCAUUUCUAUUAGAUUUUUAGCUUUAGUUGGUGGUCAGAGUUCUAGCUAAUAAUAACAUCUCGAAGAUUCAUAGCAUAGCAGAGUGACAUUGUAGCAUAAUUUUACCUGCAGUCAGCAUGAAAGUACAGUCUCACACCCUCGCUUGUGUGAUGUUGGUGUUCUCUACGUUUGGGAGCGUAAAGUGUGGGAAUAUCUUGGUAUGGUACACAGAGGCCAGUCACUGGAUAAAUCUCAAACCUGUGCUGGAGACAUUGACAGACCGUGGACACAGCGUCACCGUUCUGCUCCCUAAUGUCACACUCUUCAUGGACGCAACGGAGAAGAAUCGCUAUAGUUACGAGAUGUUUAAUGUUUCGCUGUCCUUGGAUGAACUAAGUGACUGGAUGGACGAGAUACUGUACUUCACGAUGUAUGAGAUGGACAAACUUAACAUGUUAGAGCUUUACAUGAAGUCUUACCAAAUUAUUGGGAAAGACCUGGACUUGUGUCUUGUGUAUUGCGACGGGCUGCUGAAGUCAGAAUCAGUUAUGGACAAACUACGGAAAGGAAGAUAUGAUGUGUUGUUUGUAGAUCCCAUUUUUCCUUGCAGUGAACUGGUGGCUGAGACACUAGAUAUUCCCAUAGUUUAUACUCUCCGAUUAUCCAUUGCUAAUACAAUGGAGAGACUUUGUGGACAGAGCCCGGCUCCCCCUUCCUACGUACCUGGUGCCAUGAGCAAAUUCACCGAUAAGAUGACUUUUUCUGAGAGAAUAUGGAAUUUCCUCUUCUACGUGUCCCAGGACGCUUUGGCCGUGAGUUUGUGGAAGAAGUUAGACGCAUAUUACAGUGACUAUUUAGAGGCCAGUCACUGGAUAAAUCUCAAACCUGUGCUGGAGACGCUGACAGACCGUGGACACAGCGUCACCGUUCUGCUCCCUAAUGCCACACUCUUCAUGGACGCAACGGAGAAGAGUCGCUAUAGUUACGAGAUGUUUAACGUUUCGCUCUCCUUGGAUGAAGUAAGUGACUGGCUGGACAGGAUACUGCACUUUUCAAUAUACGAGAUUGACAAACUUAACUUGUUACAACUUCAUAUCCAGUUUUACCAACUUGCAUCGAAGGAAAUGGACUUUUCUCUUAAGUACUGUGAUGGGCUGCUGAAGUCAGAAUCAGCUAUGGAAAGAGUACGGCAAGGAAGAUAUGAUGUGUUGUUUGUAGAUCCCAUUUUUCCUUGCAGUGAACUGGUGGCUGAGACACUAGAUAUUCCCGUAGUUUAUACUCUCCGGUUUUCCAUCGCUCAUACGAUGGAGAGACGUUGUGGACAGAGCCCGGCUCCACCUUCUUACGUACCUGGUGCCAUGAGCAAAUUUACCGACAAGAUGACUUUUUCUGAGAGAAUAUGGAGUUUUCUCUUCUACGUGUCCCAGGAUGCUUUGUUCAUGAGUUUGUGGAAGAAGUUAGAUGCAUAUUACAGUGACUAUUUAGGUCGACUUACGACGUUUUGUGAGAUGAUGGGAAAGGCUGAUAUCUGGCUGAUCCGAACCUACUGGGACUUUGAGUAUCCCCGUCCGUUCCUGCCUAACUUUAAAUAUGUCGGUGGUAUUCACUGCAGACCUGCUAAACCGUUACCAAAGGUUCUGUGGAGGUACAGUGGUGAGAAGCCAGAGACUCUGGCUCCAAACACCAGACUAUACGACUGGAUCCCCCAAAACGAUCUACUGGGUCAUCCAAAGACCAAAGCCUUUAUCACUCAUGGUGGAACCAAUGGAAUCUAUGAGGCCAUAUACCAUGGAGUUCCUAUGGUGGGAAUCCCCAUGUUUGCUGACCAGCCAGACAACAUGGUCCAUAUGAAGGCUAAAGGAGCUGCAGUCAUCAUGGACUUUAACAGCAUGGAGACCAAAGACCUGGUGGACGGGCUCAAAGCUGUAAUCAAUGACCCAUCCUACAAGGAGAAUGCCAUGAGGUUGUCCAGAAUCCACCACAACAGACCAAUACAACCACGGGAUGAGGCCGUGUUCUGGAUUGAAUUUGUGAUGCGCCACAAGGGGGCCAAGCACCUGAGGGUGCAGGCCCAUAACCUGACCUGGUAUCAGUACCACAGUCUGGAUGUGUUUGCUUUCCUAUUGGCCAUAAUUGCUCUAGUUCUCUUCAUAUUCUAUAAAAUACUGAAGUCCUGUGUUGUGAGGUGCUGUUUUAGAUCCAGAUCUAAGAGCAAAAAAGAGUGAACAAGUGUCUUAGAAAAUUAGAAUUAUGUUUUCAUUAAGUAUAUGUGUCAAAUUAGUCAGUCUGCUUUAAAUAUCUGUAAACCUUCUGGGAUUAAAAGGUGGAAGCUCUGUACACAUA